CGUAUUGAUUAUUCAAAAAUAAAGUUUCAAUCAAAAUUAUUAAGUUUACUAGAUAACUAGUAUAGUAUUCCAUUGUUAAACCUGUGGUUAAAGGAAUUCUUUUUCUUUCCCCCCUCUUUAGGUUAAAUCUGCUCAAGAUUUUCUCGAAGCGUGAAACAAAAAUCAAAGCAUUUAAUCUAUAAUGUCUGAUCCUGUUGUUUAUAUUACACGAAUUGAGUCAAUUAGUUCUGCUCAUAGAUUACACAGCAAAGAUUUAAGUUCUGAGGGAAACAAAUCCUUGUUUGGAAAAUGCAACAAUCCUAAUGGACAUGGACAUAAUUAUAAAGUUGAAGUCACAGUGAAAGGAAAGGUGGAUAAAGUUACUGGCAUGGUUAUUAAUAUUGAAGAUCUAAAAAACAUUAUGAAAAUGUAUGUAAUAGAGCCAUUGGAUCAUAAAAAUUUAGAUUUGGAUGUUCCAUAUUUUGAGAAUGUUGUGAGCACAACUGAAAAUCUGUGUGUUUUCAUAUGGAAGCAGUUAUCAAAGCAUUUACCACCUGGAAUGCUUCAUUGUGUAAAAAUCCAUGAAACAGAUAAAAAUGUUGUAAAAUUUUACGGCCAAUUCGAUUCAUGAAGUAACUGUUCUUAAUCUCGUUAUAUUUAUAUUUUAUAAAAAAUGUUGAUUUAAAACUGGCUUUUAUUAAAAUUGCAUUUCAUUUAAA